CCAGUUUUUAUUGAAGAGCCACAGGACUUUAUUGUCCGACGUAAUACCGGCAUCACACUUCGUUGUAGUGCAACCGGUUCACCAUAUCCUAAAAUUACUUGGUUGAAGAAUGGCAAAUUACUAGUUAUUGACCCUAAAAUUAAUCCAAGACUAUUAUUAAUUGGUGGUGCACUCUACAUUACGAAAGUAACUAAAACUAGCAAAUACACAGAUGCUGGUAUCUACCAAUGCAUGGCCAAAAAUCAAUUUGGUUCUGUCUUUAGUCGCAAUGCCACCAUUACAAUAGCUUAUUUGCGAGAUAAAUUCCGAAUUUCUCCUUCCAACAUCACAAUAACAACAUCAGGAACGGCAAAAUUAACCUGCCAUGCACCACGAGCAAACCCAAAACCAAGUAUUAUGUGGGAGAAAAAUGGCAAAAUUAUUCAAUCUGGUGGCAGGAUUACUUAUACUACCACGCCUGAAAGUGUUUUAACUAUUCCUAAUGUCGAUCAUUAUGAUCUCGGAUUUUAUGUCUGUGUAGCAGAAAAUUUAGCUGGUGUGAAACGUUCUGAAGCAGCAUACUUGACUGUUAACGUUGAUACAACGGCAACUAUACCCGUCAUCAAACCGGAAUUGUUCAACAAGACAGUCUUCAUCAAUGACACCGUAACUAUUAAAUGCAACUCAAAAGGAGAUCCUCAACCGAUUGUGUACUGGCGUAAAAAUGAUCAAUUAUUAAAAUCGAAUGAUACGCGUGUGAAAAGAUUAUCCUGGAAUACGAUUGGCAUUAAAUUGGUUCAGACAAGCGAUCAGGGUUGGUAUAUGUGUGGAUCUUACAAUAAUGCCGGUUUAGUAACAAGUGUGGCCUAUCUGAGAGUUGUUGGUGAGUAUUUACACAUCAUAUUUACGGAGUAA